AUGGUUUUUAUAUUAUUGUUAACGGUUAUCGUCACGUUAAUCGCUUAUCUAUUAAUUAGUGUAGUUAAGAAGCCGGCCCAUUUUCCCCCUGGACCAUUUUGGUAUCCAAUAGUCGGCACGGUGCCCGUUCUCAAGAAAUUAUCCAAAGCACUGGGCGGCCAACACCUGGCCCUGAUAAAACUUUCUCAAACGUACAAAUCCAACGUGGUGGGAUUGAAAUUAGGCAAGGAAAACGUCAUCGCCGUGUUCUCUUACCCCACGGUGAAAACGGUCCUCACCGGCGAGGAAUACGAAGGCAGACCGGACAAUUUCUUUUUGAAACUAAGAUGCAUGGGCACCAGACGAGGCAUAACGAUCACCGACGGGGCGUUGUGGAAGACCCAAAGGAGCUUCGUCACCACGCACCUUCGAAACCUCGGCUUCGGCAAGAAGCCGAUGGAGCGGAUGGUGCGCGAGGAAAUCAACGAUCUACUGGCGAUACUCAAGGAAAACGGUAACAAGGAGAUCAGGAUAGGCAGCCUGUUGGCUGUGUCCGUGUUGAACGUGCUGUGGGCGCUGCUCGGCGGCUGCAGGCUCGACAGGCAAGACGCCAGGCUAUCGAGUUUGUUGGACAUUCUGGGCAAGAGAUCGCGCGCGUUCGACAUGGCCGGCGGCACGCUCAACCAGUUCCCUUGGAUGCGGUUCGUUUCGCCCGAAGGGUCCGGAUACAAUUUGAUCAUGAGGCUCAACGCCGAGCUGAGGGAAAUGCUGAUGGAGACCAUCGAACAGCAUUACGCCAAGUGGGAGGAGGACCGCCACGACGAUUUAAUCUACGCUUUCGUCUCCGAAAUGAAGAAAGCCAACGAAGCGAACACCACGUUCACAGAGGACCAAUUGAUCAUGAUCUGCUUGGACAUUUUCAUAGCCGGCUCUCAAACUACCAGUCACACGUUAGACUUCGCUUUUCUGAUGAUGAUUUUGUAUCCGGAGGUACAAGAAAAAGUUAGAAAGUGUCUAGAGGCGACUUUCGGCGAUAGCGAGAUUAAUUACUCAGAUCGAAAGAAAGUACCCUAUGUAGAAGCAGUACUAUGCGAAGUUGAACGAUAUUGCCACGUGACUCCAAUUUGCGGCCCGAGAAGAGUCCUGAGGGAUACAAAGUUAGAGGAUUACGUCAUUCCAAAAAACACAACAGUAUUAAUCAGCUUAUACUCAGUGCAUCACGAUAAAACGUACUGGAAGGACCCGGAGAAAUUUCGCCCGGAAAGGUUUUUAGAUUCUGAUGGAAAGUUGGUGUACCAUGAUCGAUUCAUUCCGUUCGGUUUGGGACGCAGGAGAUGUUUGGGCGACCAGCUGGCAAGAAGUUGCAUCUUCACGUUUUUCGCGGAGAUCAUUAAAAAUUACAGGAUAACCGAGUACCCGGGAAGUGUCAAACCGACCGGCGUGCCCAUUCCAGGAAUAACACUGACUCCGGAAAUUUACCGAGCCAAAUUCAUAUUUAAAAUUAAUACCGUUAUAUUCAUCCGAAUUCUGCACGUUUUUUUAAGUUAA